GUGUGAGCGCGCAAUGGCCGCCCCUGCAGAGGAGGAGGAGGAGGCGGGGGGAGGAGUGAGGGAGCUUUUUGUUCCUCUAGCUGCCCGGGCGGGGAACAGGAGGCCGCAGCGGAUCGUCUAUUGAAGUGAGUGAGGAAAGCCCCGCCGUCUGCUCCCCUCCCACCCCCCACCUUGCUGCGGGCCAUGAAGAGCCCGGGGCCCCCGGAGCCGUGACGCGACUGCCCCUCUGCAUGGCGGAUAUGGCCCCGGCGCUGACCGAAGCCGCCACGGAAACUCAGCAGAGGCUCAAACUGGCCGCCUCCUCCCCCAGCGUCACCAAGGAGCCCACCGAGCCGCUGCUGGCCGUCUGGAAGGCGCCGAGGAGGAGGCCGGGGCUGCAGCUGAACGGAGGGGGCCCCGGGGAGGGGCAGGAGAGGGGCCAGGCCGGCGGGAUGGAAGCGCCCGGGGAGGAGUCGGUGUGCCCCCUGCGGGCAGCCAGGAUGUCCCUCCGGCAGCAGGAGCUGGGGGCCCGGGCCAGGCGGCUGUGCCGGAGGCUGCAGGUGAUCCAGGCCAAGCAGGUGGAGCGGCACGUCCGCCAGCAGCUCUCCGGCUUGGUGCAAGUGCUGGGCGCGGCGGGGCUGCCGGGGUGCCCGCACGGAGAGCUGGAGAGACUGGCGGGGAGCGCUACGGCCCGGCUGCGGGCGGCACAGGGGGGGUUCGACUCGGACGCUACGGAGAGCAGCUCGGGGGGAGACAGCGACGACGAGGAACCGGAGCCCCCUACUGGCGGGGUGGAGCAGCGCCCGGUACCGGGGUUAACCCAGCGUGCCGACUGGCGGUGGGCCAUGGAGAGGGCAGCCAUUAUCUGUCGCUGGACCUGGUUACAGGCGCAGGUGUCGGACCUAGAGUUUCGGAUAAGACAGCAGACUGAAAUAUACAAGCAAAUCCGUUGUACCAAGGGCAGUGUUCUUCUCGGAGAUUGUCCGCAGUCUGAAGACGCGGCGAGUCGGCCGCUGGUAGGAAACGCAGCUGCGCUGAAUCUGAAAAGCAAUUGUUUUCCCUUGUCUUCAGUGAAAGCCCCUUCGGUGGAGAAUCCCUGUGACGCGUCGCCCCAUUCCCACGUGCUCCAUCAUGUUGAUAAACAGUGUUCCCGCCUUACACCGUCUGAAAAUGUCCCGUGUCAAAAUCCAUCCACUACACCUCUGUCUGAAUCUCCAGGAUCCCAAAAACCAUCUCAUCAAGUGAACGGACUCAUACAUUGUGUGCGCCCCAACCCUGUAGUGUCCUGUAAUGGCUCUGCAGAAGAUGUGGAUACGGAGGAUGUGCAGGGCAAGAAACGGCGGCUAGAGGGCCUCACUGUGCCACUCUCGGACUCCAGCUGUGUGGCCGCCAGGACACGCCCCCUACGCUCGCACAAGAAAAGGCGACUGGUCAGGUCGGGCGCAGUGUCAUCACUUAGUCGGAAGCCACAGAAGCCGCUCUCCGUGAAGUGUAGCUGUGAGCCCCCAACCACCUGCAUCCUCUGUGGCUGCAAAAGCUUUGUGAAGACAAUUCAUCCCAGCUCCAUGCCUCUAAACGAGCGCAUAGCACUGUUGGAUCCUGGUUAUCACCCCAUUCUUUCCUUUCCCCACGACACCUCCCUUAACUUGCACUUUGAAGCUUUGCUGAAAGAAGAAAGGCAGUUCCGCCUCACUCACAAGCUCAAGGCUCUGAAGCUUUCCCAGCUCAGCAGAAGGCCCUUGGAUAGCAUGAGAAGAGACAGUGAGAGCGGCAUGGCUGAUCUUGCAGGCAAAGAUUAUGCACAUGGUAGAAGUGACCAAGAGAAGUUGUCUCAGUAUCGUAUAGAGAACUGGCAGAGGAAUGCCAGGCUAAUAGACUGUGCGUCGGACAAAGUCAGGUCACAGCUACGUAAAACAGCCCCCACUUCAACUCAUUCUGUUGGCUCACUGUUCAGAGACGAUAGGCAAUACAAAGUUGUGCCGAAUCCUGGCAUUCACAUUAGCAGCCCAGUUACGCCGAGAUCCAGCUCUGCUUCACACCAGCACCCAUCUCUCAUGGAAAUGCCUACCACCCCUUCCACAAAUCUUCAAAACAGCGCUGCUGCCGCCCUUAAAAGAAAAAGGUUGGAAAAUUCCUAUGACAUUAAUAACAUAGUCAUUCCCAUGUCCAUGGCAGCUGCGUCUCGAGUGGAGAAACUACAGUAUAAGGAGAUUCUGACACCCAGCUGGCGUGUCCUAGACCUUGUGGAAAGAGAGCCUCUGUAUGGGAUGGAUCCACAGCUAGAGGAUCUGUCUGAUGAAGCAUAUCUUAAUCGCCACAGUGCUUACGAGGAGCUUGAACGCUCCCGCUGGGAUUCCUGGUCGACGGUUGCCCCCCAAAGGCGUGGAAGCAGGUCCUCCAACAAAUCAGACGGACGCUGGACCCCCCAGCCUUCUUCCAACAGCCAGGGAUCAUUACAGCCAGCUUCUCCAGACCUUGGUUUCCAUAGCCUUAAUGAUGUUCCCCUCACCCUGUCAUCUGCUGCACCAGACAGCCCAGAGCCUUAUAGUACUGUUCAAUGCCUGUCUGUCAGGAGCAGAACGAGAGGACUGUCGUGGAGCGAAGACACAAGAUCUUCUACUCCUGAGAUUCCAGAUGAGGAAGAGCAGGUGGUCCUACCAUGGGAACCCCGCACAUUUCCCCUUUCAGACAGAGAUCAUCGAGCUCUCCAGAACCUACCUGUAACAACACCGAGCAGGGGCCGACACAAGCAGCACCCAGAUGUCGUGGCAUGGAACCCAGCAAACAAGUCUAGCUCACGGACUAACAGUAUAGACUUUGCUAUGUCAACAGAAAACCUCGCCCCUUCCUCCAAAGACCCCCCUCUGCCCAAUAGCAUUUCAGUGGUUCGUUUCCGUGCCCACAGCGGUGAAAAGAUCGCAAGUCUGGAGUGUUUUCCAGCCAGGCCAGUUAACAAAAGAUGAAACCGGGUCCUUUCACUAGAUGUGUAUGACGCAGAAAACAAAUCCAUAUACUUUAUUUCAGUAUCAAAGCGCUUUGCUGACUUGCAGGCCCAAGUGGAGCAGUAGGGUGCGCUGUAAGUUAGGGGGUUCCUGGGCCCGGCAGCACGCAGGAGUGGAACGGCCUAUGUUAGAGGUACAGCCAGCGAGUCAAGGAACCUCGUGCCCAGCCUCAAACUCAGCACUGACCGUGGGAAGUUCGCGAGGUACGGAUGUUACCAUUGGAUGACUGAGAGGCGCGGAGGCAGCGUAGAUAUGCGGAGCAGGCACGCGUGGCCAGAUGUGAGGCGAGAUAUUUGAAGAAAUAGAGAUUUCUAAAAUAAAAUAUUAUGUUCUGAAAAAAAGUAAAAUAAAUAAAUAAAUAAAAUUAAAAAAAAAAAAAAAAUCAGGUUUAAGCCGUUGGCUGGCAGAGUAACGUGAUCCCAUUGCGUCUCUCCGGCAGGCUUCAGUACACUGUCACUCCCUGUCACUAGUCCGUAGCUUCUAUACUACUGUUUAUCACUGUGUAUUGGUUGCAGGAAGAGAAGCAGAUCUAUCCCAGGCUAUAUAACCCACAAUCUCUGCUUGCAGUCGCUACGGAGGCACAAAGCUUGCUGAGGAUUGGACGUCUGUCUGUGCAAACACUUUGUGCUCUCAGAAGACCUUGCGACCAACUCCAUUUCCUUUUACUUUGACCCCUCCCCCUCCUUCCGAAACCCCCAGCAAAAAUUAUUUAAUGAAAGGGGGAAAAGUGACUCCUCUGUCUGAGAAUAGCCUGGUGUAUAUGGAUUUAUGGAAUUAGAUAAAAGAAAUAAAUUCAGAAUCCUGUUAGACAACCUUUA